AAGUCGGGCCAAGUGCGGGGCCGCCGGCCAGGGCGCCAGGCGCUGAGUCCCCGCGGCCCCCGGCUCCCCGGCCGCGCACGGCCGAGCCCGAGAGAGCGCGCUGUAGGCGCAGCCCGGGAAGCGCCGCCAGCGCCGGCCGCCUGCGUCUGGGGAAGAGCGGCGCACUGGGAGCGAGCCAUGCCCGGCGCCCAAGCGUAGCCGCGGGGGCCGCUCCCGGGAGCCGCGGGCCGGGCCCACCGCGCGCCGAGGACCAUGCCGCCCCCGGGCCGGGCGCCGCCGCUCGGGCUCCUGCUGGUGCUGACGGCGCUCCGGUGCCCAGUGACGGAGAGCCGCGCCAUCGUGGACAGCCUGCAGAGGUUUUCCUCGCUCCCUGCUUACCUUCCCACGAGCUUCCACGUCUCUAACGCAGAGGAGUCCUUCUUCCUGAAAGAGGCCAACCAGGACGUCACUCGGAACUGCAGUCUGCAGGCCCGGGCGGAGUCGUUCUUUAUCUACCGAGCCAGGAGCCCCCCGAUGGUCAAUGCCAGCUAUGGGCCAUUUUCAGUCGAGAAGACGGUCCCCCGGGAGCUCAUGCUGACCUCUGCACCCUUUGGCAACAUGGGCCAGUUUCCCUUCAACUGGAAGUUGAAAGCCCACAUCCUCGGGAGCUCCGUCUACUCCAACAGACCCAAAGUGCAGACCUUGUUCUACAUCACCGGGAUGGGCUGGGCCGACGGCGACCCUGCGGAACAGCUGCCCUGCGUCAAGAUGUUUGCUUUCCCGGAGGCCAGGGAAGUGGCGGCCAGCUGUCGGCUGCAAGGGACCCCUGGGCUGUGUGUGGCCGAGCUGGAGGUGCUGCCCGAGUGGUUCAGCUCUGGGCUGGACCUGGAGCCCGAGGAGGAGAUCCCGGCCCUGCUGGGCGGCACGGCCAUGGAGCUCUUCUUCACGCUGUACCCGGCCGACCCGGCCGGCCAGUGUCCCCUGGAGGAGGACAGCAAGUGGGAGAACAACAUCCACUCGGGCCAGGACGGCCCCCCGCCAGCGCCUCCGGCCCGGGAGAGGAUCGGGAGUGUCGUGGUCUACCCGACCCAAGACGAUCUGAAGUGGUCCCUGCUGAGCCUGGAUGAGAACGUCGUUAUCUCCGUACCUCUGAACCUGGUCCGGGAAGGGGACACUGCCACCUUUCUGGUCUCUCUGGCCAGUGGCUCUGUGGCUGACCACUUCACUCUUAGAAUUAAGGCAGCAGCAGGUGUGAAAAUAACCGCAGUGAGAGUCAGCAGCGAAGACCAGUGGGCAGUCCAGGAAGAAAUUGACAAUGACAGUGUUCAGACAGCAGCUACCCUCACCUGCGUGGGUCAUCACCCGGACACACAGAGCAGAACAAAUGGCUCCUUCUAUGAGAUCUUGCAAGUGGACUUCGGAAUUGACAACAGCAGUGGCCUGGCUGGCGCCCAGCAGAUCGCCUGGCAGGUGGAGUACCCGGUGGAGGACGCCACGAGGGAGCUGGUUGUCUCUGAGAUCUUUGUCAGCCAGACCUCCUUUGUGGGCAUCGUUCCGCUCGCAAUGGACACGGAGGUUCUGAACACGGCCAUUCUCACCGGAAAGGUUGUUUCGGUUCCCGUCAAGGUCGUGGCCGUUCAGGAGGAUGGUUCGGUGGUGGACGUGUCGGAGGCUGUGGAAUGCAGGUCUGCGGACGAAGACGUCGUCAAGGUCUCCAACGGCUGCGAUUCGAUUUUUGCGAAUGGGAAGGAGAUGAAGAGCAAAGUGGACACGAUCGUGAACUUCACCCACCAGCACUUCACCUCCCAGUUAGAGGUCACCGUCUGGGCGCCCAGACUCCCCCUGCAGGUCGAGAUCUCAGAUACGGAGCUGAGCCAGAUCAAAGGGUGGAGGAUCCCAGUGGCUUCCAACCGAAGACAAAGGGAGAGGACACCAGUAGAGGGACAGCGGCCAGGCUUGGACUCCGCGUCGAGGCCCACCAGAGACAGCGAAGACGAGGAGGACGAGGAGAAGAAGGGCAGGGGUUGCUCGCUGCAGUACCAGCGUGCCCUCGUGCGCGUCCUCACCCAGUUCGUGGCCGAGUCGCCUGACUCGGGUCAGCUGAGCUACAUGCUGGGCCCCGACUGGCAGUUUGACAUCACUGACCUUGUGAUGGAUUUCAUGAAGGUGGAAGAGCCGAGGAUUGCUCAGUUACAGGAUGGCAGGACCCUGGUGGGCCGGGAGCCGGGCAUCACCACCGUGCAGGUCCUGUCGCCUCUCUCUGACUCCAUCCUGGCUGAGAAGACGGUGACCGUCCUGGAUGACCGUGUCACCAUCGUGGACCUGGGCGUGCAAUUGGUGGCCGGCUUGUCUCUUUCCCUGCAGCCUCACAGGUUGGACAAAAGAGCCAUCAUUUCAACAGCAGCUGCCCAGGAUGUUCUUCAAGCCCCACAGCAAGAAGCAAUAGUCAGUUCUUGGAUUCUGUUCAGUGACGGUUCGGUGACACCUUUAGACAUUUACGAUCCCAAGGAUUUUUCAGUUACUGUCUCAUCAUUGGAUGAAAUGGUGGUGUCUGUCCAGGCAAACCUUCAGUCCAAAUGGCCGGUUGUAGUUGCAGAGGGGGAAGGGCAAGGGCCCUUGAUUAAACUGGAAAUGAUGAUCAGUGAGCCCUGUCAGAAGACCAAGAGGAAGAGCAUUCUUGCCGUGGGUAAAGGGAACAUCAAGGUCAAAUUUGAACCAAAUAUUGAUGAGCACCAAGGGGGCACCAACGAUAUUGAGGGCAUAAAUCGGGAAUAUAAAGACCACCUCAGUAACACCAUAGAGCGUGAAGGAAACCAGGAGAGAGCAGUGCAGGAGUGGUUCCAACAUGGCGCCUCUGUCGGCCACGAGGAAAGUACCAACAAAAGCACAACCGCACAGUCUCCCAUGGAAGGAAAGGAUAAGAAGUUGCUCAAGAGUGGUGGUCCAGACGCCUUUACAAGCUUCCCCACUCAAGGGAAGUUACCGGAACCCCAUAAUCCUAGUGACCUUACGGUGACCUCCAGGGGGUUAACCGACUUGGAGAUCGGCAUGUACGCCCUGCUCUGCGUCUUCUGCCUGGCCAUCUUGGUCUUCUUAAUUAACUGUGUGGCAUUCGCUUGGAAAUACAGACACAAAAGAUUCGCCGUGAGUGAGCAAGGCAACAUCCCCCAUUCCCACGACUGGGUCUGGCUGGGGAACGACGUGGAGCUUUUGGAGAACCCGGUGGACGUGACCCUCCCGUCGGAGGAGUGCACGACCAUGAUCGACAGGGGGCUGCAGCCCGAGGAGAGGAACUUCCUUCUGAACGGCGGUUCCCAGAAGACUUUCCCUAGUCAGCUGCUCAGACCUUCUGACUAUGUCUAUGAGAAAGACGUGAAAAACGAACCUCUGAGUUCGUCCGGCCCCAAGAGGAAGAGGGUCAAGUUUACGUCCUACACCACCAUCCUCCCGGAGGACGGCGGCCCGUACACCAACUCCAUCCUGUUUGACAGUGAUGACAGCAUCCAGUGGGUCUGCCCAGAUAUGGGGCUGGGGGCGUCCCAGGGCUUUAGAAACUACACGGAGAGGCUGCAGGACCAGAUGUAAACUCCUUUCUCAUGUCUGUAUUCACCUUUAUGCCUUCUGCUUUUCGAAUGGUGGAGCCGUGAGUCUGAUCAGCAAUAGGGGAUGAGUUAACAAAGCUUCGUUUGUGGAGGUCUGGCGGGAUCCCUUUCGAAGCAGGCGUCAGGGAGAGCAAAGGCAGCUGCGUUCGAAGCUAGGCAAUGUCUCUAAAUAGGCCACAUGUAGGUCCUGGAGAAAUUCUAAGACCACGGUUUUAUCUGCUGCCUGAUACUAGCUCAGUUCAAAUAUAAUAAACCUGACCCCACAGACACUGUUAAUCAUCUCGUGGCAAAACGGCCGUGUGGAAUUAGAAAAGACUUGGGUUUGAUUUUUCUACUCCUAGACCUUUUAAAGCACAGUGGACAUUUCUUGCCCUUGGCCUGAGAUUGGACAUACGUGAAAGAUGCUGAAUGUAGCCGCCCAUAUUUGUUACGAGCACUGCUCAUUAUUUUUAUAUAUCUUUGCACCUGCACCUGGUUCCUUUGACCUCUGCAAUUCUUUUUGAAACAUGAAGACAAGCAAUUUCAUUCUUUUCUCUGAAAUCUGUUUGAUUUACAUAUGAAUUUUAAUCCCUGUGAUGUGCCACGUCCUGUUAUUUCCUGGGUGUCUGUGCAGGAUUUCAGGGUCUUUCCAGUUUUCCUCACUGCAUCCCUUAGGGGCAAUAUCUAAGAAGCUUAGCCUCAUGCCGUCUUUCUUUCUUUUUGUUGUUGACUUUCUUGUAUCAGACGGGGACGUGGGAUUUUACUUAAAAUAUUAAUAUACUGUAAGGGAGGGCCAUCUUCUUUACAGUUUUCUACAUGAAGCUUAAAAACUUUGGAGAAAAGUUGUGAACAGUGAACCUUUUAUCUUCUGCUUGUGGGAGUCAUGAGGACCUCUUUCCUGGGGUGCAUUUCUGAGGACAAAAAAAAGUCCUCAAAAUAGUUGUAUUUAUACUAAUGCUUUGUGGUCAACACCAUUUGUUAUCCAAACUGAAAUCAAGAUCUAGAAAUGAUAUGCAGAGAAAGGAAAUUGCAUAGGAAAUAUCUUCAGAUUAAACUUUUCUUUUACCAGAACAAAACUUCUUAAAAACAGUAAAUGAAAUGAUGUUUCAACUUAGCAAUAUGUAGAAAUCUACCCAUACAAUGAUUUCCACCCACUACCAAAAAAAAACCCCCAAAAACCCAAAAACCCCCAAACAUAUAUCUAUCCUCAGUCAUGACUCUGGCAGAGAUAAAACCUAUACAGGGUGUCCAUUAAUGGAGAACAGCAAUGGGUUUACCCCCCAGAUUCAUAAAAUAAAUGACUCUUCCAGAAGCUUGAGAAGCAAUUGUGAUGAAAAACCAUAGCUAUUGGGAAAUCGAAGUGGCAAGAGAGAAAAAAAAAAAAUCAUGAUUCCUGCAUAAUUUUUAAAUAAACAAUGUUUUUCAAAGAACAGCAUGCCUGGUCUCAAGCAAAGCAAGAAUUUCAGAUUAGGAAACUAUGACAACGUUCUAUUAAGAUGUGCUGGAAAAACAGACACUGGAUGAGCAUGCCUCAUUCUGAUCUUUCUUGAGCCAUUUGCAUCUCUGAGAGGUAGAAUUUUAAAGGCCCGAACAGUCAAGGACCUGCAGGAAGUGUUGAAACAGUUUCUUGACUCCUGAUGGCUGUUGACUGGGCUCUUCAAAAGGCUGUGGUUCCGUGGUUCUCUUCUAGGGUUCCGUGGACGGGAGUGUGACAACCAGCCUUCUCCAACCAUGACACGGCAGACACAGAAUUCUCCUUGUGUCUCUUGCCCACAGGACCACAAUACGUUUGUGAACAGCACCUAAGUUACCAGUGAUAUGCUGCCUGACCUCAGAGGCUGGUGUUUCAGUUGCUCUUGUGUUUAAAAUGGGGGUUAGGAGCUGAAGCUGGUGAGGUUCCCCAGAUCUUCCAGUUUGAUUGGGGAAUGAAGCCAGGAGACCCAGGCAUCAGCUUCCAAAGGAGUUUGCAAAGAGAUGGCUGACACCUUGUAGGAAGAGCUCCUCUGGUGGCCAAAGGAAGCUGCCUCUGCUUUUCAAAGGGCUUGGCAAGGAGGUAGCUCAAAACCAACUGUGCAGGGCUGGAGAGGGAUUCACGCACCAGCUGAAAUAUAGCUGUCCACGUGAGCCAUGCUCCUCCUGUCAGAUAGUUUCCAUUUUCUCUCCCUUUGGGUCUUGGACAUUCCAGACACAGUGGGGAUGUCAUUUCUGAAACUGAGGACCCUCAACUGAUACAGGGGGUGAGUCUGUCUCACACACACAGCAGGCUGCCUCGCACUGGUAAAAUGAGACUUCCCGUGGGUAUAAUUCGGGAGGGGACAAAGGAAGUUACUAUUGUCACAGGGAGCCUUAUUAAGGAGCAUACAAAUUAGACCAUCUCCUAUGGUCUGAGUGCUUGAUGUGACACAGAAAGCAAACUGGGGAGAAUUAGGAAGAGCCAGGGGUUUCUCUGCGGAGCCAGGAACUGACCGUGGUCUGGAAGACGCCUCCCUUGGGUAAGCUAACGUCACCCAGAGUGAUGCAGGCUGCAUAAACCACCUUUGCUGGUUUCUGUUGAGACUCAGUCAGUUCAGAAUAAAAAUCAAAUGGAAGGUUUCAGGGCAGAGGUACCAUACCACACACACUCCCAUAUAUGCACACGUACAUAUGUAUUAUACCCACGUGUGUGUGUGAAUAGUGAAGAAUCAGAAAUUCAGUUUUUUUGUGGAAAUCAACACUGUCAGUUGUUCUCAGAUUUGGUGUGGACACUAUUCAGCUUAACAGAAUGUCACUGAAGUUCUUUCUGCUCUAAAUAUUCCGUGCUGACUAGAAACUACGGGUUAUAUCGGCUUGUUUUCCAACUAGUCAAUUUAAAACAAAUAGGAACUAUACCUCCAAAAUAUUUCAACUCAGAUGGGGGAGCAUGGGACUUCCCUGGUGGCACAGUGGUUAAGAAUCCGCCUGCCAAUGCAGGGGACACGGGUUCGAUCCCUGGUCCAGGAAGAUCCCACAUGCCGCGGAGCAACUGAGCCCGUGCGCCACAACUACUGAGCCUGCAUUCUAGAGCCCACGAGCCACAACUACUGAGCCCACGUGCCACAACUACUGAAGCCCGCGCGCCUAGAGCCUGUGCUGUGCAACAAGAGAAGCCACCACAACGAGAAGCCCGCACACCACAACGAAGAGCAGCCCCCUUUCGCCGGAGAAACUGGAGAAAGCCCACGCACAGCAAUGAAGACCCAAUGCAGCCAAAAAAAUAAAUAAAAUAAAAUAAAUUAAUUAAUUAAAUAAAUAAAAUGGGGGGAAUGACGUAAAUUGUUAAGCCUUGAAAAAUGGUUCGCUGGGGGCCAUGCAUUUGCCUGGAUUUCCCAGGUUCUCACGGCUGAGAUAUCCAAAGGAUAGUUGUCAAUAACCUGAAAGAAACGAUGGCAAUAGAGUCCCUUCCUCUCCCAUGAGAAUGGGAUGUUCAGACUCCCCUUGAGGCAGACACCAGCAGCCUCUAGAGGGGACACCAGGCCGCGAGCUCCAUGAGUCACACGCAGGGCAAUUCAGAUGCCCCAUGAGGACCAGGUGACCUACACCCGUGGAGGAUGUGAGACCGCUGUCUCCAGGGGCCAGACGGGCUGCUUUCCAGGCCAGCGUACAGCUAUCAAGGAGCGGCUGCCACACAAAAGUCCUGGAGUUUAAACCUACAGUGUUGCAUUUGAGAGAAAGAAAGAAGAAAAGACACUGGAAGUUUCCCCUGGAAACUUCCGCCAAAGAACACACUGGCUAGCAGACCUCAGAAUACUCUGUGUGAACCAAAAGGGAAUAAUUGACUUCCUGGCUGUCUUCUUUUGCACACUGGUCAGGCUGAGUUCCCAGACUAUAAUCAUCCUUAAACCGUAGGCAGAGAUUUUUUAUUUAUAAAAAUUAAUGCCGGGAAAAAAUGGAUUAAUUUUUGUCCCUUUGCUACAUCUGUAGAUGAAGUAUUUUGUACCUGGAUAAUUUUAAGUUUUAGGAAGUCUGCCCUUGUGUGUGUUGAUCAGCGUUCUUGUCUCACUCUUUUAGAAGGGCGUCUUCCCAAUGUUGGGAUGUUGGGACCACAGUAAAGUGUCUGAGAAGAUCAUUCAUUCCAACUCCACUGACCACAGAGGGUGGUUUCACCUGAAUCUUUCCUUCACCAUUGACACCAUUGUUUUUCUACUCUUGUCAACUCAAAAAUGGCCUCAAUUCUCCGUUCUAGUCUCUGUAAAUGACACGAUAGACGGUUUAUAAAGCCAGCGACCAUCUCCUCCCUCAAAAUUAUAUUACGUGUAAUGUAUUGUGUGUCACCUGUUGUGUAAAGGAACAGUAUGGGUGGUGGAAGAGUUAUGCUAAAAUAUGGAUAGCAGAUAUUUUUGUAUGUAAUAUAGGCAAUAUACUGAAACACUGAAAGGUGUGUUGGAAUAAAUACAUUUUAACAUAAAAGCAUGCAAAGCUAUAGCUUUUAAAUGUACAGACAUCCCGCUCAGAAAUAUCUAAAUUGAUUAUGGGAAAACAUCAGAACCUGACAUCGUGAAAUGCACUAAAUUAAAGAUGCAGCCUUUAGAGGGCGUGACUUCUGUUGGGAUCGUUGAUGGAAUCUGCCAGGACAUUUUGAUCUUACUCUUCCUUACUUUUGGAUUUUUUUCCUUUUUCGUUUUUUUUUUUUCCUGGAAAUAUCUCAGAAAUAAAGUGACAUCAUUUUCCAGCAUAAAGGUAUAUACUAACCACAGGGUAAUUCAUCCUUUUUAAC